AUGGAGAAUUCAAAAUCGACAGAUUCUGUUACAGCUGAAAAGGUAAGAAAUCAUGUACCUAAUGAUCUUACAUUGUCCAUUAUAUCGAAAUUGCCUCUAAAAUCUUUGGUGCGUUUUAGGUGUAUACAGAAAUCAUGGUCUCUCUUAUUUGAAAAUCCUAAUUUUAUGAACAUGUAUCGCAUCAAUUUUGCAUCUAAUAAUAAUUUUUCUUAUGAUGAUGGUUCAUGUCACACCAUAGAGUUUAAAUUUACAUAUGAUGGAUUUCGUGGCACCUUAUUUUCGCGUUAUGGUGAGAAAUUUGAAAAUAAGGUCAAAUUAGACUGGCCACCUUUAUUUCAAGAGGAUGACAUAUCCAUUAACAUUCUGGGUUCUUUUGUUGAUGAAACUUUUUGCCUCUACACUGGUAGUGUAGUUCCAAAAACUGCAUUUUGGAACUUAUCUACUAAGGAAUUCAAAGUCCUUCCUCCUAGUCCCAUUGAGUCUCGGCCAUCUCAUUACAGAUUUGUCUUCUCACUUAUGGGAUUUGGUUAUGACCGUGUUAGAGAUGAUCAUAAAGUGAUUCGGAAUGCAAUGAAAUCGAUUCGAUGUGGCAUCGAAGAUACUGAGUCAAAUGAAUCCAUAUGGGAACUGUAUAGCCUAAGAACAGACUCUUGGAGGAAACUUGAUGUAGAUAUUCCUCUUGGUUCUGUUACUUUGGAUGCCAUAUUGUACACAAAUGGAGUGUGUCAUUGGUGGAAUAGAGAUGAAGAUUGUUUGGUCUCGUUUGACUUGAGUUUUGAGGUAUUCUACAAAACACCUUUACCAUUACAAGUGGAUGGUAAUUUCUAUCGUGAAUCUAAGGAUAAACGAUUUAUGACAUUAAAUGGGUAUGUUGCUUUUAUUACAACUUGUGCUAUAAAUUAUGGAAGUACAGCAUCUACUCUUUACGUAUCAAUUUUGGGUGAAUAUGGUGUGAAAGAAUCAUGGACUAAACUCUUCAUUGUUGAAUCAUUACCUAGUUAUAUUGAUCGUCCUAUUGGAGCAGGAAACAAAGGUGAAAUAUUUUUUAGAACAAAAUACAAAGAACUAGUUCAGUUUGAUUUGAAUUCCCAAAAGAUAGAGAAGCUUAUUGUUGAUGAUCUUUUACAUACUUUUCAGAUACUCCUUUAUAAGAAAAUCUUUCUUUUUAUCAAGGACUAA